ACGUGGGGCUCCACCCAUGAAUUUGUCAAGCUUUUCUGCUAUAACAAAUGCAAAUAACGAAAGUUCUAAAAAUCAAAAAGUAUCUGCGCUCUAUCAAUGCACCUUAUGUAAAGUAAAACAUUUUAAAAGUAUAAGAGGGCUUUAUCAACACAAAACUCUUGUGCAUUAUGAUUACAAAACACCACCACCUAAUAUUUCUAAUUUGCCAUCAAAUGCUAUUCAACAGUUUUGUGAAACCUUAAUCUUUUUUAUUAAAAAAAGAUUACCACUUAAUUUUAAAAAAACUGGAAGACAAACAAUUAAAAUUCCAUGUAGCAAAAGUCAAUUUGUUGGUCAAAGUGCUGAUACAACAAUAGCAAUGAUAUUGCAAGAUACUGAAUGGAGUGGAUGUUGGUAUAAGUUUGAUCAAAAAGCAUAUGUAGUAUUAUAUACUUCAUCACUAUCAAACUUUCAAAAAGAACCAGAAAUAAAAGUAGAAUGGUAUACCAAAACAAUAAUUGAUUCUCAUCAGAAUACAAUUUCUACAGUUUUAUUGCAAUCAAAUUUCAGAUUGAUACUAUUAGUUAUCAAGUUCGAAG